GGAUUUGGGCAGUAGCGGUGGUAAAAGUCCGAGAUGCGGCGGAACAAGUGCCAAAUUCAGGUGGAAAUAUAUGUGCGACUGUGGUUGACGCAGCGACGAGUACAGACGAUUUGCUACCAGCAGCGACGACAACUCCCGUGGCUGCGCAAAAGCUAGAGAGUAAAAAAGACGAUUGCUCACCAACGUGCUCUAAGUUGGGUGAACAAGAAGCGGGCAAGCGCGCAUUUCCAGUCCCUGCUUCCUGCAGAUCAAAGACUGCUCUUGUGCGGAGCGCCUGUAUGACGGAGUGCGAGAUCUUGCCGGAAAGAAUUGUUCAGGAGACGGGCAACAAGCUCGGUGUGCUGCAAGUCGCGACGUUGAACAAUCCUCGCGAAAGAAAUAAUUGUGGGACGAAAGACGGCAAAAUAUUAAAUCGCGAGGUCAAUUAUAGCGACGGGGAACAAGAAGAAGAUGACCUUCACUUGUCGGGCGAAAGUGAUGAGAGUGAUGGUGAGUAUGUGCCACUCUACCAGCCGAAUCCAUUCGUGAACGACCCAGACAAUUGGAGAUACCAUUGCGAUAUCAACUGUAAAAAUGUCUGGGUCUGGAAGGAUGCGAACUUGUGAUGCGUGUUGCGGAUCAUACAAAAAUCUGUGUUGCAUGACUUGCAAAAGGUUUCCAUUUCUAGCCAUGCCGAGGGGGCAAUUUCUCAUGCAGAAUAGGCACCACCAAGGGGCUGCAGGACCUGUGAUGCUAGGCCCUGCAUUCGAGACUUGGCGGAGCUUGAAAAACUGCAUGUUCGGGUGUGUCGGGCAGUGCUUAGUGCACCCCUCGGACCCCGCACCCCCCCUGGCUUUAGUCGCGCAGUCUGUUAAGCAUGACAAAGCUGAGAAUCUUCCAGACCCAGACAUUUUUGCAUUUGAUAUGCGCGCCUCGAAAUGCGGAUGAUGACGAAUUUUUCCGCCAAUACGCGGAGGAAGCCGACCGGAAGAUCCGCGAAGAGGCAGAAGCGCGACGCAACAGAACAAAUGAGAAGGAAGGUAGAGAAGAAGACCGCGAGAAGUGCGAGGAAAGGGAUAUGGAGGUUCUUUCUCCCGUGCUGGAAAAAGAUGCGCCGGCUGCAGAUGACGAUGGUCAUGCGGCCUCUUUGGAACAGGAGGAGGAUCCUGCAAGUGGGUAUUCACCAGCUGCUUCCACGUGCUCGAGCCUGGAUACCAGUACCGAAUUGCCCAUGGUGCGAGAGCCCCUCACCGCGAAGCAGGAAAUAACUUUUCGAAUCGUCAAAAGGGUGCGGCUCGUGCUGAAGCUGCGGCAAAUUGCGAGGAAGUGGGCCUUUGGCAAGAAGGAAGGGGCGCUGGUCGGGUUUGAGUACUAUGGGUGUCGUCCCGGGCAUGACACGGAAUACGUGAAAACCAGGAUGCUGCGAGCGAUUCAUGAGUACAUUCAUCUUUGCCAAACCCGGAUAAAGGAACUGCGAACUACGGGUGUUGAAGCUGCUGCCAAGGGCAGCAGAAAGGGUCGUGUAAAAAAGAGGAAGGAAAAGAUCAAAGGCAGAACAGGUGGUAAGAUAAAACUUAUUCCAGAUGUAUCUGGUGCACCGAAAGAUGCUCUAAAUCUGGCCGCACGCCCGGAUGGCGAAGAGCAAAUGAUAUCGCCGAUGGGUAGGGAAGAUCCUACUUUGGCGAUCAGUGACAAGUGGGAAAAGCCGAUUUUCUCACUGAAGACCAAGGUGGAACGGGAUGACAGAGUCAACGUGGACAGUCAGGGCCACAGUGACAGUUCGAGAUUGGCACCACUGAAAGAUUUUUGGGCAGAAUAUCAGCGCGCGAAAGAGGCUUUGCCUACAUACAAACACGUGUAAGAAGCGUUGAGGGCGCAUCUUAUUUUUCGAUGAAAUCCAAAAAGAGCAUCACAUUGAUGAAAUACAUACCACCUCACUUCGCUCUCAC